UAAUAGAUAUUUUGAAUUUGUGUAAAAUCCUUUCAUAAUUAUGUUCUCUUUAUUUUAUUGUUGAAAUAGGUAGUUGAUUUAUUAAUGAAUAAGUAAGGUACCUAGUAAUUCAGCCAUUCAAUCUAGUUAAAGGCAUGUCAUAUCACCUUUAUGUUACUGAGAAGUCUAUAGAUUACUCUGAAUAAAUAAUUUUAAUUCGAACUUCUGUCUUCUCCUAUCAAAAUAUAAGGAUAAGCCGUUAUUAAGAAAUAUGGGCAAGAGAAAUAAAGGCGAACAAAAGGAUAAUAACGUUAAAACAAAGAAAAAGAGAUCAAAUAAUAAUAUAGCAGCCAAUGAUGACACCACAGAAGAAAUAUCUCGUAUAGAAACAACUGGCAACGGAAAAAAUAAGAAAAUUGUAUUUGAUAAUGAUGAACCCACUAAAAUAGCACCAGUUAAGAAAAUCACCAAUGCACUUAGCACGACUUCGCCUAAUAAAAGCCGGAAUAAAAACACUAGGAGUACCGAGAACAAUAUAGAAAAUAACAAAACUAAACAAAACAAAAAAAUAAUUUUUACAGACGAUAAUGAGGAAGGAACAGAAGUUACGAUAAAUAAAGGAGGAAAAAUGAAAACCGACGAUGAGGAAGAACCUGCAGAUGAAGAAAUCGAUAAGUUUUGUGAUGAAUUAGACGAAGAAGAUAAUGUACAAUAUGAUAACUGGGUGAAACUGAUAGAAGCUAAGUUAGGUCCAAAUAAAAAGAAAUAAAAAUUCUUUAAA